UAAUAAUGGAAACUUUCCUUCUUCUUCUUCACAAUUCUUCUUCGCGGCUUCUUUUAGCUUAGCUUCAGAGCAAACAAUGGAGGGAGAAGCGCCGGGGAUAGUUAGAUAAGCGCAAGAUCUGUCUUCUUCUUAUGUCCGGAGCUUCUUCAUUCUCCGCCAUUCUCUACUCUAGUUGUUCAGGACUCUUAACUUCUUCCACUUAUUUUCUCAGAGAGAGAGAGAUAUGGAAUCCCUCGCAACCGAUCCAGGUUUCAUUGAUUCGGAUGUGUACCUAAGAUUAGGACUUAUAGUAGAGGAGGGCAAACGAUUGAAAAAGUCUCCCACAGUCCUCUCCCGUCUCGCUUCAUCUCUUGAGAGAUCCGUCUUGCUCUAUGAUGAUGACAUUGAAUCGCCAGAUUUGGAACACUCCGUCUUUGAUGGCAAAUCUCCCCCUGAGAUCACCAUUCCGCACUACUUGGAUCGCAUUUUCAACUACUCUUCCUGCAGCCCUUCCUGCUUUGUCAUUGCUCAUAUCUACAUCCAUCAAUUUCUCCACAGGACCCGAGCCCUUCUCAAACCCCUCAACGUCCACCGCCUUAUCAUUACCACUGUCAUGCUAGCCGCUAAAGUCUUCGAUGACAGGUAUUUCAACAAUGCAUACUACGCCAGAGUUGGGGGUGUGAGCACGAGAGAGUUAAACAGAUUGGAGAUGAACAUGUUGUUUACCCUUGACUUCAAGCUUCAUGUAGAUCCUCAGACGUUUCACACUCACUGUUGCCAGUUAGAAAAGCACAACAGUGAUGCGUUCCAAAUCGAGUGGCCGAUCAAAGAAGCAUGUCGAGCCAACAAAGAGACUUGGCAGAAGCGGACACCCGACUCAGUCUGCUCUCAAACGACAGCACGCUGAUCAGGAACUCAGGUCGCAAGAGUAAGAUAGGAUUUUCUGUUUUGGUAGUGUAUGAUUCUUUUGCAAGAUUGUUUGAUUCAUUGUGACAAUUUGUGUAGUAGAAAAUCUUUUUAAAAAAAAUUCUACGAAUUCAUACUUUAAGAGGUUGAUAUACAGUUUCCCUCGAUACUGGUUAAAUUAAAUGGAUCUCCAUUUUACAUCAAA